AUGCAGAAGGUUAUUCGGAGGACGGCCCUAGCCCGGAACCAGGCUCAACGGAAGGCCAUCCUCGCCACCAAGACCGCCGAGCGCGAGGAAUUGAAGGACACGCUACGCCAGCGGUUCGCCUACAACCGCAUACAGCUCGAUGCCAUCCGCUCCGAGCGAGAACGCCGCCGCGAAGAUUGGGUGCGAGGACCCCUGGCACCUCAGCGAGACGCAGGACCCGAUGGUGCCUCAUUCGGUGCCUUGAGUCCGCAGGCCAUGAACCCCCCGAGCAUCCCCAAGCACCUCCGCCGGAAAUACAUCAACAUUGCUCCCGGCGACCGGGUGUGUAUCAUCAAGGGCAAGGAUAAAGGCAAGAUCAAUGAGGUUUCUCGUGUCGAUGAAUCCAACGAGACCGUCACGGUGAAAGACCUGAACAUGGCCGACGUACAUUUCCCCGAAUGGCUGAACGAACAAUACGGUAGCAAGACCCCCUUCCAAACGGUGAGCCUACCGAUUUCCAUAGACGACGUCCGACUGGUGGUGGCUCUGGAUGACCCGGCCACUGGCCAAACGCGAGACGUCUUGGUCGACCACGUUCGCGGCGGCGAGCCUUUCCUGGAGCGCGAGUACGCCACCAGCACUCCCCGGCAUACCCGAUACAUUGCCGGCGAGAACAUCGAGAUCCCGUGGCCUCGCAACGAGCCGCUCAACCUGAAGGACGAGGAAUGGGACACUCUCCGUAUGGAGGUCGAGACACCCUCGUGGGUUCCGUCGCUGCACAACUCGCCGUUCCCCCCCAGCGUCAUGGAUGAACUGCGCAACAAAUUCUCGAAAUACCGAACAAGACACGACCCCGAAUGGGUGGAGGAGAAGAAGAUGGAAGAUUACAAAAAGGAAUACCUUCAAAGCAGGUCUUUGUGGACACCCAAGGGAGAGCUCUUGGCCAUGAUCCGGGCCAAGAAGGAGGCCAAUCUGAAGGCUAGAACGGACGCCAACGGAAAUUACCUGAUGGAUACCCAAACGAUUGGAUUCAUUGAGGAAUUUAUGAAAGGGAAGACGGCAAACAAGGCUUGA